AUGGAUCUCCAGAGCCUAUUCGACGUCAAGGGCAAAGUGGUGUUGGUCACCGGCGGCGCCAAAGGCAUCGGCCGCAUGAUCUCCGAGGGUUACGUUACGAACGGUGCAACUGUUUACAUCUCGUCCCGGGACGCGAAGGCUUGUGAGCAAGCCGUGAAGGAGCUCAAUGCGCUCGGCAAGGGCAAGGCGCACGCCAUUCCGGCGGAUUUCUACAAGGAGGAGGAUGUCAAGAAGCUUGCUGAGGAGCUUGCCAAGCGGGAAAGCAAGCUCCACGUCCUUGUCAACAACUCCGGGUCAAACUGGGGUGCUCCCUACGACGAGUACCCGUCUUCUGCAUGGACUAGGGUUCUUACGCUCAAUCUCCACCGUGUCUUUGACCUUACAAAGCUCGUGACUCCCCUACUGGAGAAGGCAGCGGCGCCGAACGACCCUGCUAGAAUCAUCAAUAUCGGUAGUAUCGAUGGACUGAGGGUUCCGGCGUUGGAGACAUUUGCGUACAGUGCUAGCAAGGCGGGCCUGCAUCAUAUGAGCCGUGUUCUCGCGAACCAUCUCGGGAAGAGGAACAUUACAUCGAACACUCUCGCCUGCGGCCCGUUCCAGAGUAAGAUGAUGGCUGCAACGCUGAAGAACUUCCGGGAGCAGAUCGAGUCUGGUAUUCCACUAAAACGUAUCGGUACGCCAGAGGACGUUGCAGGGGCUUGUCUAUUCUUGAGUAGUCGGGCUGGUGCAUAUGUUAAUGGGUCGACGAUCGCAGUCGACGGGGGUAGUGUUGUGGCUGCGAAGCUGUAG